AUGCCUUUGAAAGCCUCUGUUUCGCGCGCCUCGCUCGGUUCUCGUCGCCCACUCACGCUCGCUGAUACAAAGUUCUUUGAGAAGGACGCCGACUUCCCUAAACCCGACAAGGAGUCUCGCGCUUAUGAUGUGCGCCAGUUUUUGACGGCCACUGAGGUCUUCAUUUCGAUUUUUGACAUCCUGGGCCUUUCCGCAUUUUCCGUCAUCAAGAACGAUUUUCAGGAGAAUAUCAAGAUUGCGCGCACGAUUCUGGAGAAGGACAUGUCUAUCGCCAGCCUCCAACAGGUGGCAGGAUCCGGUGCUCCAGCGAAGCUGAACAAAGCUGUCCUGAGCGAGCUCCGCAAUCUGUGUUUCCUCUGCAAAGCAUUGGACGACACAAUGCCUACCGGAGCACAGAAGCCGCUUGAGCCUGCGGCUGCAUUCUCCGCAUCAUACAAAAAGUACCUCCAGAAACACCACAACAUGGUCGACACGAGUUUGUAUUCCGCUGCGAUUGACGCAUGUCCUUCCCGCGAAAGCUUCAUUCAGGCAAUUGGAGGAGAUUCGGAGGACCUGAAGAGUCGCGUCAAGGCGCUCUCAGAGAUUCUAACGGCGAUGGCAGCUCCCGAUGCAUUUGGAGACAAACUAAAAUGGCCUUAG